CAAACAGUACCUGCAAUACUAAGAAAGCUUUCUAGUUUGAGACACAGAGACAAGGCUAAUUCCGUCUUUACUUGCUCGGCGUCGCACAAAACGUUUGCGAGUACCCAUCCCCUGUCACUCCUGAAUACACGUAGCGUGCCAACACGUAGGGAUGACUGCUGUGCUUCCAUCGGACCAAUCGGGUGAAGCCCUGACGGAGGAGGAGUGCAUUCGACGGGAGCAAAAGAAAAAGCGCAAUCAAAGGUCCAGAAUGCAGCAAAAGCGUCGAGAGGAGCGAAGAGCCGCUGCUUCUGGGGCCAUUGCUGCUGAUGGUGCUGGUGCUGAGAAGGACGUGAAUGCUGCGUGGGCUGGAUACGCUGUGGAGGCGGAGGCGGCAACCGGAGAUGCGAGUAGGCACGAGGAGCCUGCUGACGCUGUUCCGCCUGAAGUUAGGCGAGGCGCAGAGGCAGAGGAGCAGGCACGGAUUGCGCUGGCUAAGAAGAAACGGAAUGAACGCACGAGGCAGCAGAAGAAACGGCGGCAGGCUGCAGCAGCCGCGGCUGCAGCAGCCGCAGCAGCGGCAGCCGGCGUUGUGUUGGAUGAUGAGCAAGAGGAGCAACCGCAGCCGAGCGGCGUCGCGGCUGCGGAGCUGGACCCGGAGGAGCAGGCGCGCAUUGCCCUGGCUAAGAAAAAGCGGAACCAGCGCACGAGGGCCCAGAAGAAGCGGAAGCAGGCGGCUGCAGCGGCAGCAGAAGGCGCAGAGGGCCCGGCACAGCAGCCCAGCGCUGACGUGCCUGAUGCUUCAGUGGCGGCGCCGGCAGCGGCAGAGGUAGCGCGCAGCGAUGGUGGUGCGGAGGAGCAAGCGUAUGCUGCAGCUACUGUGGCCAAGGAGGGGCGCAGCGGGCGACGCAGCCAGCAGAAGAGGGGGCAGAAAGAGGGCGCAGCGGCGGCAGCUGCAGCCCCGGUGGAGGCGGUAGCAAGUGAGGCGGUAGCUGCUGCUGCAGUCAACGGGGCAGAGGUUGCGAAGCAAGGAGAGCAGCUCACCGGUACUGCGGACGUAGACGCAGAGCAGCUGGCCCGGAUUGCACUGGCUAAGAAGAAGAGGAAUCAGCGCACACGCAUGCAAAGGCAGCGGAAGGCAGCAGCGGCGGCUGCGGCUGUAGCCGGAGGAGCUGCGGCGUCAGCUGUGGAGCAAAGUCAAAAUGCGCAGGCUUCGAGUGGUCCUGCCGGUCCGGAUUCUGGCGUAGCAGCAGAGGAUCUGGUGAGCGGCGUCGCGGAUGCGGAGUUGGACCCGGAGGAGCAGGCGCGCAUUGCCCUGGCUAAGAAGAAGCGGAACCAGCGCACGAGGGCGCAGAAGAAGCGGAAGCAGGCGGCUGCUGCAGCAGCUGCUGAUACGUCGCUGCUCCCACCGGAGCAUGAGGAGCAGCAGCAGUGAAGAGCGCCGCGCGGGUUGUGAGAUUGGGGGCCAGGGUCGCAGGCUGGCAUGCAGGUUGGGGCCGUGGGAGGUGCUUGCAGGAGGUGCUAUCAGGGCUGAACAGCGGGCUGCGGGGGGUUGCGGGGGCUUGGACUGUCUGGCAGGUGCGUGAUGGCAUGUCGCUUCGGAGGGUGGACUUGGAGGGUGGCUGCAAGCGCUUGGUGGGUUUGGAGUCGUUAGAUUCGUCCGGACCGCUUACCGGUACACACGUUUUGGGCAAGGGCAAGACAAGGGCAAUGUGCAGGAUGUUGGCUAAUCAGGCAACAUUCAUGUUGUGAUGCCCUAACCGUUCUUGUUGUCUAAACCAAGGUGGCUGCUGCCGCAUGAACCGUUUAUUACCAACACUUUUGUGCGUGCAUUGUUGAUUAUGACCGCGACACAUGUCCGGAAGCAUGCCGUAGGUGAUCCCGGCAUUGUACGUCCGGCAUAGUAGUAAUACCGGUAGUACGGCGCUACUCUCAUUCGGCAAAGGGAAUUGGAUACUUCAAGGCUGGAUACUUCAAGGUUGUGAAGAUCGCCG